AUGGGUAUUGCCGAAGAUAUUCUUUUCUUCACGGAGAACUUCUCAUUGUAUUUUGUUUCCGUAAUUUUCGUUAUCGGUGGAAUCGGAAAUCUUAUCAACAUAUGUGUUCUAACAUUUUUGAAACUUUUUCAAUCAAAUCAAUGUGCCUUCUAUCUCGUUUUUGAAUCUGUUGUCAAUACAUGUCAGUUAACCAUUCUUUUCAUUAUGUAUCUUCUACCAAUUGUCAAUGGAUUCGAUCCUGGAAAUAUUUCGAUUGGUUGGUGUAAAGUAAAAGCCAUGGUUCCUCAUGUAUUUCGAUUACUUUCAACAUCCAUGGUAUGUUUUGCGGCAUUAGAUCAAUUUCUCUCUACAAAUCCUCUAUUGAUCAUUCGACGAAUGAGUUCACUUCGAUUAGCUCAUCGUCUAACAAUCAUUGCCAUUAUUAUUUGGUCAUUACAUAGUGUGCCCUAUGGAAUCUUUUAUCAGAUUGCUCCUCCCAGUGGUUGUAUUAUGAAUAACUCUAGGUUAAAUUUUUAUUAUUUAUAUUUUUAUUAUCCAUUUCUACAUGGAUUCUUACCGAUAUUCGCUUCGUCUGGAUAUGCUCUCCUUGCUUAUCGAAAUGUUCGCCGUUUGAUUCGACGUGAUAUGGGUGCUGAACGUCGUCGACUGGAUCGACAGUUAACGGCGAUGGUUUUCGCACGAGUUAUUUGUUUCGUUCUGUUUUCAGCUCCUUACACUAUCUAUCGUAUUUAUGCACUGAAUGUCAGUGUUAGUCGAGCUAAUAUGUAUCCAUAUGCGAUCGAUCGUCUAUUAUAUACAAUUAUGGUAACACUGGCAAAUCUGAAUUAUACUAUGAGUUUUUACAUAUUUUUUGCAACUUCAUCACGAUAUCGUCGACAAGUGAAGCAUUUCUUUGUUAAGAAAUGUUGGUUAGCAUUGAAAAAUUUAUGCACUCUUGAACCAAACAGAAUUCAUCCUCAAACUUCAAGAUCGAUUGCUGCCGAUAGUGGAUGGGAAUGA